AUGGCUAUUGGUGCGGGAAUGUCGUGUGUUAAAUACCUUCUAUUUUGCUUCAAUCUUUUGUUUGCGAUAACCGGAUUUAUUAUUUUGAUAGUUGGAAUCUGGGUUGAAGCUAGCUCCCAUCCCUACAUUGAUCUGACUGAUGAGAACUUCUAUACAUCUGGUCCAAUUGUUCUGAUUAUUGUUGGAAUAAUUGUGUUCAUAGUCGCAUUCUUCGGCUGCUGCGGAGCUGUGAAGGAGAAUCAUUGCAUGAUAGUAACGUUCUCAGUGUUUUUGCUGAUCAUCUUCGUAGCAGAGCUUGCGGUUGGUAUCGCGGGCUAUGUGAAGCACCAGGAUUUGGAGACCUCCAUAGAGCGCCACCUCAACGCGACCAUCAAGAACUACCCCACUAGCAAAGAUGUACGGGACACUUUCGACAUCCUUCAGACUGAUUUGCAAUGCUGCGGCAUUUACGGCCCAGGAGACUGGAAGAACAACUCAAUACCGAUCCCGGACACGUGUUGCGCCGGCCAGGAGAUCAAGAACGGCUUGACAGUGCCCUGCACCCCGGACUCGCCCGGCUUCCACACGGCGGGCUGCCUCGGCAAGCUGGUGCCGUUCUUCAACGAUAUGGCCGUGUUGCUCGGCGGAGUUGGACUCGGAAUAGCUAUGGUGCAGCUUCUUGGAGUUAUUUUCGCCUGCUGCCUCGCUCGUUCUAUUCGGAACCAAUAUGAAACUGUAUAA